GAGGAGAUGAAUUGCUUGCGGCCCAAUCAUACCUUUGAAACGUAUGAACUUGACCGACUUCAUUCAAUAUCAAUAUCCUCCUUAAAAUAGCCUUAAAAAAUAGCAACAGCUUCUACUAAUCAAGAAUUAACUCUAAUAAUUUAUACUCAUUAGCAUCUUAACAUUAUCCUCAAAUCAGCCCCCCACCCAACAGGCUUUGACAAAAACAUCAUUAAUUUUGUCUCUCCUCCUCUUCUUUCCCAUCUCUUUUAUUUGUUCCUCUUUUGUAUCUGCAAAUCAUCUACCACUUUUAAGAAAAAAUGGCAAAGAGCUCCUUCAAGCAAGAACAUGAUCUUGAGAAAAGACGUGCAGAGGCUGCUAGGAUCAGGGAGAAAUACCCCGACAGAAUACCAGUGAUUGUGGAGAAGGCAGAAAGAAGUGAUAUCCCAAAUAUAGACAAGAAGAAAUACCUAGUCCCGGCUGACUUGACUGUAGGACAAUUUGUUUAUGUCAUUCGGAAAAGGAUUAAGCUUAGCGCAGAGAAAGCAAUCUUCAUUUUCGUGGAGAACGUCCUUCCACCCACUGGAGCAAUCAUGUCUGCAAUAUAUGAAGAGAAAAAAGACGAAGAUGGGUUCCUUUAUGUGACUUACAGUGGCGAGAACACAUUUGGGUUUAAGUAGAUAAAUCAGUUACUUGGUGAAUUCCCAUGGAGUUUUACCCUUCUUCUGGCCUCAUAGCUUUGGUUAUUUUCCUUUUAACUUUGUGCAUAUGAUGUAAAUAAUUUCAUCCCAUGAAGACCUAAUGGCUCAAAUACCUGUAUUUUAGGACUUCUAAUAAGGAUCAUGUUACAUAAGCUUUGUGGCAUGCCCUUAGAAUUCAAGCUCCUCUCCCUUUAUAUAGAAGGCUAAAUGCGAUUUGGAAGUAUCAUUUUUCUAAGAGGAGACAA